UGUUGGAUUAGGAAUAAACUCGGACCAGUUGUUGAUAAGAAGUUAUGUGUUCAUAAGAGAGAGAUGUUCUCGCAUGCACAUGGAAAGGUAUUGGAUGUUGGUUCAGGAGUAGGUCCAACUUUUAAGUUCUUGGAUGAGGAGAGAGAUAAGCCUAUUACAGAGGUGGUGGCUAUUGAACCGAAUCCAUUCAUGUUGGACCGACUAAAGGAGGCGGCCAGAGAUCAUCCCUACAAGGUAAAGGUGUUGAACAGCACCAUUGCCGAGGCAUUGCAGAAUGGUGAGCUAAAGAAUGGCACAUUCGACACGGUCAUUUGCAACCUGGUGCUGUGUUCCAUACCAAACUACCAAGGCAUACUAGUGGAGAUCCAGCAACUGUUGAGGCCUGGUGGCAAGCUAUUGUUUAUCGAGCAUAUUGUCUCGGAGAACCCUAUCGCCAGCACCAUUCAGAAUGUGCUGAAUCCCUUCUGGGGCAUGAUUGGCGAUGGAUGCAACCUCACGAGAGAAACCAGCAAGACCAUCACUAGGAUGAGCGGAUGGAAGAGUGUAGACAUCUCCAUUAUACCCGAGGCACACUACAUUUCAUUGACUCACGUCAAAGGA